GGAGCCUGUGGUCCACACCCUUCUUUUCUUCCUUUCUGCUUCCUAUAAACUCCCUCUUUCACUUCAUUGCUCCAAAAAAAGUUCUUUCUCACAUCCUUCACCACCCUUUUGCACACAAUGGAGGCUAGGACUGUGGAGAGGAAGAGAUCACUGGUUGAGAGGGUGAGGAAGAAUGUGGAAGAGGAAGUGGAGAAUGAGGUGGAGGAGGAGGAUGAAAGUGGAGCUAGUUUCACUGAAGAAGAGAAAAAGAGAGGGUUUGGUAGCAGCAAUAGUGGUGGUGGCAGAAGAGGCUCAAGUGGUGGUGCUGCCGCUGGUGGUGGUGGUGGUGUUUCUCCACCUUCAUGUCAGGCAGAGAGGUGUGGUGCUGAUUUGACUGAUGCAAAAAGGUACCAUCGCCGCCACAAGGUCUGUGAGUUUCACUCCAAAGCACCUGUUGUGGUGGUUGCAGGGCUGAGACAGAGGUUUUGCCAGCAAUGUAGCAGGUUCCAUGAUCUGGCGGAGUUUGAUGAGUCUAAGAGAAGCUGCCGGAGGCGGUUGGCCGGACACAACGAACGGCGCCGGAAAAGCAACCCUGAAGCUGCCGGUGAGGGGAGCAAAGGGCAUCACCACCCUAAGGAAACAACACAGUGCAGAAUUCAGAUGAACCUUCCAGGGAGUUCUUCUGGCUACAAGUCUUUCAACAUCAGAUGAAGCAAAAGUGUUCACCAAGCUCUCUCUCUUCUGUCACCCUUUGGUUUCUUACAAGCCAAGUCAUAUAAUAAAAAGGACCACUUUGUUUGUUCACAUCAACAAGAACCAAACCAAACCAAACUUCUAACAUCCAAAGCUUGUCUGCUAUGUAUGCAAUGCGAGCCAUUUUCCUUAGCUCUAUGUUCUCUUAUUUAGAUACUGCCUUUAGUUUCUGUUUUUCCCUACCAUUGUUAUCCUAUUGAAGCACCAUUGCAUGGUGAGAUCUUAUCUCUUAUCUUCCAUUGGAUUAAAAUAAAACACUAUUGCAUCUUUGUAUUUCGAUUA